GGCUUUUCAUUGCUUCAGUUUGUUAACGAAACGCAAACGAUGCAGACGCGUCUACACGGUAGCAGCGGCAAACAAGCGACUAACUAACUGUUUUGCAUUUGAAAAUUAGAGAAGUGUCCAACUGGAUAUUUAUUGUGUAUUAAUUUAUGCAUUUUUUGUUGUUGUUGUUGUUUUGUGGCAACUAGUAAAAGUGACUUCCUCGUGCGCCUUUCGAUACGAAGUGUUUGCGAUUUGCGCACAAAACAGUUUUAUUCGAACAAAAACAAAAGCAAAAUUUGCUUUCGAUUCUCCAAAACGAGUGCAGUCAGUGGUGUGUGUCCAGCGAUCAACGGCUGCAAGCGGAUUAGAAAUCUGCGCAAUUGAGCCAGUAUUUCACCGAACUGCACCAGCCGCCACCCACCGCCAUUGGCGCGGCGCGCAUGCUUGGAAGCCAUUGACGCCUGGCGUUUUUGUUGCAGUGAAUGCACGGCACGCGAAAAAGCCAAACAAAGUGCAACGCGGUGAAAAUCGUUUUCGUUUUUGUUUUUCCUGCCAAACACUUAGCGCGCUCAGCGAGCGUUUAAGCAAAAUAAUCUGCGUUUUUCCAUCUCUACUGCAACGCAGCUACUAAUUUGCAGACAAAGUGUUACUUUGCGUUUGAUGGCUUAAUUAAUUACAAGAGCGCAUUAAAAUAAAAUAAACAGAAAGUGUGCGAGAAGAAGCUGCCGCAGAACACAGUAGAUAAUUAAUGCGCGAAGAAGAAAGCAAAAGCGCUGAGGUAAAUUCAAAGCAAAAAAAAUCGCAAAAAGUCAAAACAAAUAACUGUAAAAAGUAGGUGAAACUCAAACGGAAAUUGCAAAAAAUUUAAUUUAUUAGCAAAAGCAAAAACAAACCGUAAAUUCUGUUUCUGUAUUGAUUGAGCAAGUUGUGCAUUGUGCAAGUGAAACGCUGAUUCUAAUAACUGUAAACUUAUUAUUGGAGUGUCCUGCAUUUAUUGCGUGCAACUGAGAAAUUAAUAAUUUUUCGGUGAUUUUUGAAAGAGACCGUUAGAAAGUCAAGAAUACGCAGGCGAUAUAUUCACUGUGAUUUCGUAAAUUUGGUUUCGAACGCUUGGCACGUACUUGAGUUUAUGGCCCAACAAUGACUCGACAACAACAAACAUUUAACACCGCCAGCGGCGCGCUUAUCGCUUGCAUCUAUGUCUGCUUGUUCGCGCAUGUGCAAGCAGCUGAAAAAUGGUCACGUCAAUUGGAACCGACUUCACCCGGCGUUUCGGACUCUUUCGACUGGGUGCCACUUGCGCAACCGGUGGACAGCUCGACGGCAGCCAAGGAUCGCUCAUCGAAUGCACGUGUGCUCACCUACUCGCAGGCUUUUCCACCCAACGGCCGUUUUGGUGAUUUACCGAAACCACAUAAUCCACCGCCAUCGCAACAGCAGCCUUUCGAUUUCCCCUAUCAAUUCCAACGUUUCGUAAGUCAGCCACAGGCACGACCACAAGUCGGUUCGCCUUUCGGCGCGCCACCGCUAAAGGCAUCCGCUCUCCAAGGUGGCGAACCAACUUCGCAGUCUUUCUUCAAAUUCGAAAUGCCUUUCCGUCCUGAUGGCGGCAAUCGUGAUGCCGUCGCUACUGGACCAAGCUCACUACAGACUGGCUAUCAGAUACAGCAUACCUUUGGUGGUGGUGGCGCACAGGCAACGCUCUUCAGUUCACCACUAUACAAUCAGCAACCUGUGUUCCCACCUGAAUUCCAUCCAGUACCGCAGAAACCCAUACAGCAGUCUUUGCAAAAACCGUUACCACAACAAAACUACAUCGAAGACAGCUUCCCAGCUAAGAAUAUUUAUCGUGAGUCCAAACCGAAUCCAACGCAGCAAUCCUUGCAGAGUGUCACACCACAGGUGUUCCCCGCCGAACCGCAAGUGGAUCAAUUCUUCGAUUUGAAUAAACCACAAUCCGGCUUCAAUGCGCAAUUACCUUCGUACCAACAAGCAGACAGUUUACAAAAUAGUCCUUUCCAGCAAACCGCACCGACCGCACCCGCCUUGGCGCCCAACAACAACGCUGGCAAUCCACAAGAUGUACAGUUAUUGUAUGUGCCAUAUGACACGCUCUAUAAUCAACAAAAACCUGAAUCACAAGCUUUCGAAGUAAACAAAUACAAUGUGAACCCCUCUUUGCCAACGGUUAAUCCCUUCCAAAUCAAUCAGUUUUACACACAAGACUCGCUCGGUCCGCUUGAUCAACAGAACUAUUUCCCAUCAACAACCAGCACGAGCACUAGCCGUCCCAAGACCACUACACUCAAACCUUCAACUAUUUUCCAGAGUUUCGUUAACCCACAGCAACAACAAUUGACGACACCACGUCCGAAACCAAAAGCGCAUCAACCACCACUCGCCAUGUUCUUGGUACGUAACUCAGCGCGCCCCACACAAUCCGAUGUUGUAUCCGCGCUACGUCGUUCCAAUACUAUCGCUGUUGUAGAUGCACCUACAAAGAAGAUACCUGAGAUAUUCGUCGGUCCAGCUGGUAUGUCGACACCGGAAGGUUAUGUGAAGUUUGAGCUGCCUUAUUUGUCUCAACUCACACAGACACGUGAACUGCGUGAAAUACCGUUCUUUGUAGCACCGCUCAGUUACCGUACACCAAGUGGUUUCAAUAAGAUCUUGCUACCAGAGCCACAUGUUGGCUCAAUCGUCAUUAAUCUCGCCAAGAGUAACAGCGUCACAGAAGAAAUUGUCAGCCAGCCGGCUAAGCCGAGUGUUGUUUACAGUCAAAACGAUAUUAAUCAGUAUCAGCCAGCACGACCCACACAGCGUGUGCGCCCGCAACGUGUCAAACAGCCAACGACAACGAAAGACUACUAUCCAGCAUUGAACGAGCCAGUACAAAAGGAACGAGAUCAAUUUGAAGUCACGACUCAACGUGCCACUUUGGCGCCUACACGCGGUAACAAGUUCAACUACUUCUACAACCAAGAUGCCAUUCACGAGGUCAACUCACCAAAGGUCACCAAACUGGAUCGUCCGAAGAAGAAAUGUCCACAACAUGUGCAACAACAACAGCAACAACCCAUUGAACAACCUGCUUUCACACAAACUAUCAACAACCCCUAUGCUCAAUUUCAACCAGCACCCAACCAGAUCAUCAACGAUGACAUCUACAAAGUACAGCCUAACCGUCCAGCGCCUAGCACUUCCACGUCGACCAGCACUACUACCACGACUACCAGCACAACUUCAACAACUGCUGCACCAACGCAUACAUUCUUCACAUACAAUCCCAAUGGACAGGUUGAUUAUCAGAACGCAAACGGUCCUCUCUACUCUUUUGGUACCAUACCAAAAGAACCAGUUGAGGAGCAGUUACCACGUUUCACCACACGUCCACCCACGAGCACAACAGCGGAGGAGGAGUAUCGCAUGAAACAGUAUUUCCGUCAACAGGAUGCUUUCCGCAAUCGGCCACAAAUAGUAAACCCAACAAAUCCACCUUUCGAACAAGUACAAUAUACACCUGUUGACUUAGACUAUGAACGAAAUGUACCGUCCACCACUCAUAAGACUACAUCGACUACCAAACAACGUAUUACAUUCUACUCACCAUCGCAAUCAGCAAUUUCGGGACCAGAGGAUACAUAUAAUAUAGUCUCUCAACAACGGCCGGAUGUCUUGGAGCUACAGCGUGAAAAAGACAUACAGACUGAAUUGAAACCACACCGCCAACAAGCAUCAAAUCAACGUCCUUUAUACAACCAAAACGAGAUACCCGAUAGCACCGUUGAAUAUGAACCCAAUCCUUAUCAUGUACCAUCAGAAUUACCACCACUCACACCAAAUCUACCAGGACUUGUAAAUAAUUUGCAAGAGAAGGACAAACAAAGUACUGCGGGUGAACUCGCUACCACUACGCCAAAUCAACCCGAGCCAGAAUCUGAACAGCCUACGCGUCCAACAAGACGUCCAAUUAAUCGUGUGCGUAAGCCUCUAGUUUCCAAAGUAACUUCUUCUGUAUCUUACUCUGAAGCGGAAACCUCUACACGCCGCCCCGCACAACGCGUGCGUCGUCCAUUUGGUUCAAGAGCAACAGUCAGCACAACUGCAUCACCUGAUAAUGAAGGAGAGAUUACACCGACAACACGUCGUCCAUCGUCUGCAGCACGUAAUCCACUUAUACGUAAUCCCAACCGCAUACGCUAUCAACCUACACAAGAGGAACGUCAAAGCUUGCGUACAAAACAGCGUAAGAAGUAUGGAGAAUCUGGCAAAGAUGAAGAUUUGGAUUAUCAACGUGAUGUGUUGAAGCAAAACUAUCCAGUCAUAAAGCCACUGUCAUCACGCACACCAUCCAGCCCGACUGCAAUACCCAGUUCUUAUGCUACAAACUUUGGUUCCGAAGUGCCAACAUCGGAGACUCAACAAGUGUACACGGUCACGCCGAGCAAUACUGUAGAAACGAAUGAACAGACAUUCCCUGCCGGUAUGUUGGAACCAAUGCAAAUCGCUCAACAAUAUAGUCAGUAUACUAAGGACAAUUUCGGACCAGGUUAUUUCCCCAAUCAAGAGGAUUUAAGUCCUACCGAACCGAUAAUACGCAAUGAGAUCAAUCCAGUAUUUACCACAUUGCCGAGUACUACAAGCACCACAACUACUACCCCAGCACCAACAACCACUACUGAAGAACCGGAAGUGACCACCAGACGUUCGCCAUUUAUACGCCGAAACUAUCCACGUUUGCGUACCACAACUACCGAACCGCCAACCACAACCACACCGGAGACUGAAACGAAAUCUUCGCUACGUCCACGCAUACCACCACGUAAAGUGAUUAGGGUACGCGCACGUACGCGUCGUCCACAAAUUUCAUCAACCACAGCGACUCCAGAGGAGGAAGCUGAAGUCGAAGAGCCCAAGAACAAUUUCCGCAAGAUAAACCGCUUCAAUCAUGAUUUGUAUGAGAAUGAGGCCUCACCACCACAAAGACGCCGCCAAAGACCAAACUUCCAGCUUGAUGGUCAGGAAUCACAAUGGUCUCCAGCACUUAAAUUCGGCAGCAACCACCACUUCAAACCUACGAACCCCAAAGAACAGCAUAAAGAGAAUGAACAUAAGUUCGAAGAAGAGCCCGAAAUUGUAACCAUAGGACCUGAAGAUGACAAAAAGGCGGAUAACUUUGAAGUGAACGUGUCGGCGAGCCUUGGUGAUACAAAACCAUCACUUAAGGCACCAAAUUUGAAGCCUGAGAAAUCCUUCGCUGAACUUCUGGAAGAAGUCAUGGGCAAGGCACCUGAAGAGAAACCACUCGAAUCAGUGGAGGAGAGCACUCAGCGUACCACAGAUGGCACAUUCUUCGAGUCGCAGAAAACGACGAUAUUCAACCGCAUCAACAGACGCAACAAAUUCAAGAAACUCAGAUUGCCCUCAACACAAAACAGUGAAAGUUUCGAGACGGCCGAGUCACAAGGUCUUGGCUCGCAACUCUACAAUUCACUCUAUGGCAAGGACAAGUCUACAGACGAAAUAGUAAAGGCACUUAAGACGACCACACCACUAACACCGGUUUCUACGACAUUUACAACAACAGCCGGUCCACUAAGUACAAUGAACACCAAUGAACCGACAACGGCGGAACCAUUAGAAGUCACCUCGUACGCAACAACAAUCGCUAUGGAUGAUGAUUUGGAUAGGAGUACAAUUGCGCCAACAGGAAAUGAAGACGAAAGCGCCACUGCAGAGAGCGCUACACGACGCAUGGAUGAAGCAGUAGAUGAUCUGGAAUCGCAACCGAGCAUAUUUUCCGAAGUCAAGAGACAACUGCAUGACCUGUUCGCCAUCGAUGAGUCGGAAGAUCACGCGGUAACCGCGGCGUUGGCUGCAGUCGGCAAGCGUAGACAAGAAUACAUGAAUAUUAAACGCACCAAAGCCGAUACGACCACACAGGCGAUGAACGCCGCCACGGAGGAGGCUACAGAGCCAACGCUAUCGGUGACGGCUGUGAAGGCACCAGCCGAUGAUCAAGCUAAAAAGAACUUGAUGGACAAAGUCGUUUAUGCAACGUCCACAUCGAUGAAGAUGUCAUCCGAAACGGAGAUUUGCUACCGUGGUCGCUGUAUACGCUCCGAGGAUUUGCCGUCGAAUCAUAAAUUGAAUUGAGUCGGAAAGCGCUUAGCGCAAGUGAAGUAUGGUAGAAAUGUCGCGCAACGAACU